CGAGCCGCUGCAGCGCCGGCUUCGCGGUGUGAAGUGAAAGGGUCCGCCCGCGCUGCCCAAAUGCGGCGGCGGCGCGGGCGCGUGAAAACGGCGCGCUCGUCGUCAAGACGACGCGCCGCGCGUGCGCUGUGCGCCGUAAGCACGCUGCUGCUCAGACAGCAGCUCCUCGACGAAUUUUGCGCGCGGGCGAUGCUGCCGCGGCCGCGCGCCGCGUGCUGCGGCACGUAAUCGAAGCGAUGAGUGCGUCCCUCCAUUUGGG